CAUCAGUGGCCCUCAGUGACGGUUGACGCUCACUCGCGGUGUCCUCCUCGUUUCUGCUGACUCGACUGCUUCGAUCACGUGCUUCAAACACUGGUGGUGCCUGGUGACAUCAUGUCAGGAGUGAAGCGCCGACCAUGCGGCCCAGUUCGUCAGCUCUCGCUGCAGACGAACUCCCCGUCGACGAACACCUUCCUGUCGGGAGGGGCCUCCCUGGCCGCUCGUCGCUGUCAGCUGCGGAAGCAGAGCUCGGAGGACAUCUGGCAUAGUGGCGUCACCCCACCUCCCUUUCAGGCUCGCUUGGACCGUCCAGGGCCCCCCCGCGGGAGGCCGCCCCCCGUUCGGAUUGCCUGGACCGAACAGCGAAGGAAAACCGAGACCACAGAGCCCAGCACCUCUAUACAUGCUCCCAAAGUUGAGGUGGAAGUGGUAGCUCGCAAAUGCGCCCUGCCGCAAGCCCGCACCCGGCCUCCGCCAAAGACGGCCUCCCAGCAGCAGCAGCUGGACAGCAGUCGGCUGCGAUUGGCCGAGCGGCUGCGUCUCGCCUGGCAGCAGAGCACCACCAACACCAACGCGCACACCACCAAUGCGGACACCACUAACGCACGCGCACGCACCAACCUCGACAUAUUCCUCGCUCACAACAAUCCCGGCUCUCCACCUCAAGUCAACCAGGUAACCACAACAAGCGAGCCAGACUACUCAACUGAAAUCGCUGCUCAAAAGUAUAUUAGUGUUGAAGGAGAACAGCAGCUAGGCAAAGUAGAGAAUCAUGGAAGAGAUGGAAUGGAAAACGGUGGAGAAGGCGAUGAGGUGAUGAGGUCAAGAUCGUUCGAAAGUAGAACGGAAGAAGGGCGAAACAAUAAUCACGAAGUUGAGGGAAAGAUGAUGAAUAACAAAGAGAAAGAAAUGAAGGAGGGGAAGUCAAUAUGCAUAUCGAUAACUGACGGAAUGGAAGAAGAUGGUAGGAGGAGGUGCAGUGUGAGUGAGUUGGAAGAUUAUGAUGAUGAUGAAGAAGAGGAGGGGGAUCGAGUUGUUGAACAGAGGUUGAAGUCUUCAAGAAAUAAGAAUGUGGUACGGGGUGUUAGCUCACUGACGUCAUCCCCAGAUUUAGUAGUUAAUAAAAAGGUGGACUCUUACCCGGGAACUCCCAGUGCCUCGAGAAGCUCAACGCCGGGAGGUCAGCCACUACCCAGACGGUUGAUGUCAGCACCUGCACAAUCCAUCUCCAAGCGACCUCUGUCUCAGCAAGAGAAAUCGUCCCCUCAGAUCUCGCAACAAGCUCGCAGGAAGUUGAAGAGUGCCCGCAGAAAACAACAGAAACCAGAAGAGGAAGACAUUUCUUCAGGCGAGGAAAACAUCGAACAAAAACCUCGCCGAAGCAGAUCGGCGAGAACGUCAGAGGUGAUCACGAUGGUAUCGCUCCUGAGCCCCGGGCAGAGUGAACAGGAGGAGGACGAGUGUGUCACCAUGGUGCUCGGUGCCACCGCUGCUGAUCAGCAGACACCACCAUGGCACCAAGAUGGCGGCACGAGUAACGGUGUCACCAAUGUCAACCUGGUGACAAGUUCACCGUUCCAAAAUGGUAGCACCGUCAACCCCAUACUGUGUAUACGGAAGCCGGUCAAAACAGUAUCAUUCCAGCAGCAGCUGGGAGCCCGCAGCUACGCUAACAACUUUCCGUCGCGACGCGGGGCGGCCAUUCUGCCUGAGGAGUCUCACAACCCGGCGCCGCCCGUCCUCAGAAGCACCAGUUUGGUUGCUGCCUCGGCUGGCGCGGCGAAAGGGGGCGCUGAUCUGGGAGCCGCCUCGCUCAAACGCAAACUGGUUAGAGCAAGCAGUUCCAAAGAGAGCACCAGUGCAGGCCUACAGCCAAUGACGUCGAAUGAAGACGAUGGAGAAAAGCCAUCAUCAACAACAAGCAACUUUACACCGCAAAUUGAAAUAGUUCUUUCACCAGCGAAAAACACAACCAAAGACAGCAGAAUUCACCUGCAAGUGAAAGAACCCAUUAAAAUGGAGAAAAGAAGUGAGAAAACUGAAGAAGAAGAGGAGGACGAGGAGGAAAAUGCUGAGAAUGAUAUUCCCGAGUUUAAAACACCAAAAGAACAGGAGUGCUGGGAUCUUUUCCGCAGAAUGGUAGAUAAGGGCAUAACUGUGUCUUUUGAAACGGUUCUAAGAGGCAUGCUAACUCCGACCGAGUACAGACUUCGCAGACAUGAACUGUUAGCUUCCUGACGUUUGACCAGCAUGGACCAGCAUGGGUCAUCAGCAACCCGAGUUAUCUCAUCAGCAACCCAAUAAGUGCCAGAGUCAGUGAAUAGUGGAACCACGAAUUGAAAAACAAUAAUUGAUUUGGAAUUAUGAUCACGAUAUCAUGAUCUGAGAUAGGUCGUUCAACAACGAUCAAGGAAACUUAAAUAUAUUUUUGUGCAAUUUGUCAAUAAAUCAUAAAUAUUUAAAAUGAUGGCUAUCGAAAUCUGAUAAUCGAAAUGAAAUAGGUCGUUCAAAAAGGAUAAAGGAGAAUGGAAUAGUUUUUGUUUUAUUUAUCAAUAAAAUAGCAAUUUCGAUUGAACCAGUUUGUCUAUUUGAACAUAUUCAAAUCGACUGAAUAUUUUGGAUUCGUUCUGUCGUCAAGAUGUUUUAUUCAUUGCUGAUGUUAAUAGAAGCUAUUCAAGGACAUAAUAAAUCAUCAAAGUUUACAUAUCUGAGUGAU